CGCGGAUGGAUCAGGAGAUAUCUCCAUCUGCAGACGCCCAGGAAAACGUUGUACCAUUAUUUGAACUCGAUAAUGUUCUAAAGGAGUGUAAUAAGACUUUUAGGAUUGAGGCUUCUUUCAUGGAAGAUCUUCAACAAAGCGGUAGUUUCGCUGAUGAGACUACCAAAACACCGAAGUGCUACGUGCGCUGCUUGCUGGACUUGACAGGAGUGACAGAGCUCGAGGACGGUAAAUACGACCCUGAGCAAGCGGCCUUACUGUUUGAUGGACAGCUGGAAGGAACACAGAAGAACGAUGUUGAAGAAAUGGCUAAAGCCUGUAUGGAGAAUCGAGAUGAAGAUUUGUGCAACAGAGCGUACGCGUUUGUAAAAUGCGUACUGGCGAAAAAGAGAAACAAAAUACGAUAAAUAUUCAUUAAACUUAGUGGAAACGUGUCCAUGUGAACGCGCCUACGAAUUCGUCAAAUGUCUCCGACAAAUGGAACUUCAGAAAUAUGAUUCACAGACUUAAAAAAGAAAACGGCUGUUUUAUUCC